AUGAGUAAAAAAGUAAAACCAACUACAAAUGCAAACUUAGACAUUAAAACCAUAGUGAAAGAAGUAAUAAGUGAAUUUCUAAAUGACGACACAUUCCUGCAAAAAAUAGCAGACAAGGUUAACAAAGAAAUGCAACAAAAAAUUGGUAAACUUGAACAGGAAAUAAAACACAUGCAAAACAAAACAAAUGAAUUGAAAGUAGAAAUGAAUAUCCUUAGGCAAAAUGAAAAGAAAAACAAUGUCUGCAUUCAUGGUUUGGAAGAAAAUCCUGGCGAAGAUAUACACAACACCAUAAUCACCUUUUUAAAAAAGAAUGUAAAUGGCAAUAUAGAAGAAAACGAAAUAGAAAAUGCAUAUAGGAUAGGUAAAAAUAAAAACAAAAGAAGGUCAAUUAUUGUUGAAUUUAAAUCCAACAAAUCCAAAAACAGCAUACUUCAAAACAAGAAGUUAUUAAAAGGAAAAAACGUGUUUAUAACAGAAGACCUAACAAAAGAAAAUUUAGAAAUUUUAAAAAAAUGCCAGGAAAAGUUUGGUUUAAAAAACGCAUGGCCUAUAAAUGGUAAAAUAUAUGCAAUUGUAAAAGAAAAAAAAUUGUGUAUAGAAAGUCUUGGAAAACUGGAAGAAAUUUCACCUGAGGACCAUGAUAUAGAAGAAGUUGAAGAACAAUCAGAAGAGGAGGUAGAACAAGAAUAG